AUGCUCUUCGGCUCACAAAUAGUUUUGGUUGGAUACUGCCAAGGAUUUUCCCGUUCUGCAAACAAAGCAUUAAAUUCUAUAAAGAAGUAUGAAGUGGUUUAUCCCAGAAAACUUCAUUCACUGCAUAAAAGAGAAGUCAAUGAGUCGGGUGAAAAGGAGAAAUAUGAAACUGAAUUGAAUUAUCAAAUGAUAGUUAAUGGGAAAAUUGAAGUCCUUCACUUGAAAAAAAGCAAGAAUCUUCUUGCAGGAGGAUAUACAGAAACACAUUAUGAUUCUACUGGAAAAGAGAUUAUCACAAGCCCACAGAUUAUGGAUGACUGCUAUUACCAAGGGUACCUAAUUAACGAAAAGGUUUCUGAUGCUAGCAUAAGCACAUGUAGGGGGCUAAGGGGCUACUUCAGUCAGGGAGACCAAAACUACUUCAUUGAACCUUUAGGCCCUACAAACCUGGAUGAGCAGGAGCAUGCACUCUUCAAACAUGACCCAGAGGAAAAGACGGACAGCUCUUGUGGAAUGGAUGACGUUUUAUGGGCAAAUGGACCUCAACAGAGUAUGCUACCUGCUGCCGCUAGUCUGGUUAAAUUGAAUGAUCGGAAGGCUCAGAAAAAUACAAAAUACAUAGAAUAUUACUUGGUACUGGAUAAUGGUGAGUUUAAAAAGUAUAAUGAAGAUCCAGAGGAAAUAAGAAACCGGGUAUUUGAGAUGACCAAUUAUGUCAAUAUGCUUUAUAAAAAGCUAAAUACUCAUGUGGCCUUAGUUGGAAUGGAAAUCUGGAAUGACGAGGAUAAGAUAAAAAUAACCCCCAAUGCAAGCUUUACCUUAGAAAAUUUUUCUAAGUGGAGAGGCAGCAUUCUCCCAAGAAGAAAGCGCCAUGAUGUUGCUCAGUUAAUUACGUCAACAGAACUUUCUGGCACUACUGUGGGCCUUGCUUUCAUGUCCACAAUGUGUUCUCCUUACCAUUCUGUUGGCAUUGUUCAGGACCACAGCGACAAUGUGCUUAGAGUUGCAGGAACAAUGGCCCAUGAAAUGGGCCAUAACUUCGGAAUGUUUCAUGACUCCUAUGUUUGCAAGUGCCCUUCUACAAUAUGUGUGAUGGACAAAGCAUUAAGCUAUUAUAUCCCUACAGACUUUAGUUCCUGCAGUCGUGUCAGCUAUGAUAAGUUCUUUGAAGGUAAAUCUUCAACCUGCCUCUUUAAUGCUCCAUUGCCUACAGAUAUCAUAUCCACCCCGAUCUGUGGUAACCAGUUGUUGGAAAUGGGAGAAGACUGUGACUGUGGGACUCCGGAGGAAUGUAGCAAUAUUUGCUGUGAUGCUAAAACAUGUAAAAUCAAAGCACAUUACCAAUGUGCUUUAGGAGAAUGCUGUGAAAAAUGUCAAUUUAAGAAGCCUGGCUCUGUGUGCAGACCAGCCAAAGAUGAGUGUGACCUGCCGGAAAUGUGCAAUGGUAAAUCUGGCAUUUGUCCUGAUGAUAGAUUCAGAGUCAAUGGCUUCCCCUGUCAAAAUGGGAAGGGCUACUGCCUGAUGGGGAUGUGCCCAACCCUUCAGGACCAGUGCACAGAAUUGUGGGGACCAGGAACUCAAGCUGCUGAUAAGUCAUGUUAUAGCAAGAAUGAAGGUGGAUCGAGAUAUGGGUACUGUCGAAAACUGGGUGAUACAUAUAUUCCUUGUAAAGCAAAUGAUGCCACAUGUGGGAAGUUGUUCUGUCAGGGUGGGUCAGAUAAUGUGCCUUGGAAAGGAAGAAUAGUAAUGUUCCUGACAUGUAAAACAUUUGAUCCCGAAGAAGAUAAUCAAGAAAUAAGCAUGGUAGUCAAUGGAACUAAGUGUGGCCAUAAGAAGGUUUGCAUUAAUGCAGAAUGUGUUGAUAUUGAAAGAGCCUACAAGUCAACCAACUGUUCCUCAAAGUGUAAGGGGCAUGCUGUGUGUGACCAUGAACUCCAGUGUCAGUGUCAAGAGGGUUGGGCACCUCCUGACUGCGAUGACUCUUCAAUGGUCUUCAACUUCUCCAUUGUGGUUGGGGUGCUCUUCCCUGUGGCCGUCAUAUUUGUGGUGGUUGCUAUAGUAAUCAGGCACCAAAACAGCAGAGGCAAGCAGAAAAAAAUUCAGAGGCCAUCAUCUACUGACAGCAAGUCACACAAGCAGAAGAAAAAACCACGAACAGUCCAGGUUGUUCAGCCUCAAGAGAUGAAUCAGAUGAAGCUUAAUGAACCUAAUCUCCCAAUAGAAAGCAAUGAGCUUCCAGUUUCUUUUCACAGAGAAAAAAUAUUAUUUCCACCUGUUGUUAUUAAAAAUAAGCCAAUGUCUACACCAAAGUCCCUGGCAGGCAGUCGCUACAUGUUGAUGUGCCUGUGUGAACUCUUGGCCCUACCUGGCAGCUGGGCCCCAAAGACCCCUGCGAGCUUUGCAGCACUCGUUCCUGGAAACUUUGGACCUCUGCAGCAUGCAGCCCUGCAGCCCUUGCAGCCCUGGGCCUCUGCAUCGGGCUAA